UUCCCCUGCAACAUAAUCACCUCUUUAACAACAUUACCAAUAGUUAGUCUGGCGUUAGUGGGGUUCCCCACGUCUACAUCAGUCUCUCCUUCAUCAAAUUGUAGCCAUAUACCCCUUGGUCUGAGUGAUGAAAGCACUUGUCUUUUAAGUUUGUAGAUCAGUGGAAAUGAAUGGGGAGCGAGAGAGAGAGAGAGAGAGAGAGUAGAGAACAGACGCACAAUGAGAUUCCUAUCGAAAGUAAAAGUGAAUGGAUGCCCUGGGCACGACGCGAACACACACAGACGCACAACAAACGACCACAAAGUGCACGGAACAUUCAAGGACAGCUAUAGCUUAAUGCAUUUGGACACGGAUCAUAUAGUGGAAGCUGUUGCCUUUUAACCCGAGGGAUGGAGACUCUCGAUUCCCGCCAGACAGGUGCCAGGAUGCAGGAUGUGGACAUUAUGGAUCUGCCCAUCUCCCCUACACUUGAGGUUGAAGACUUUCUGCCAGAAUUAGACCUGGAAGUCGAGGAUUUUCUCGGGGAAUUCGGGGAUUUUCAUUUUGACUUCAAUUAUGCGUUGUUUGACCUGGACUUAAAUGUGGACAUCCAGACUGGUGAGGUUGCCAUACCGACAGCUGUGACCGAGCCAGGUGGCCAGAAACAGAACUGCAAGAUAAGGAGAGAACCUGGUGACGGACAGAGGAAGAGGAGAGCGACAGAACCUGGUGACGGACAGAGGAAGAGGAGAGCGACAGAACCUGGUGACGGACAGAGGAAGAGGAGAAGGAAGAGGAGAGCGACAGAACCUGGUGACGGACAGAGGAAGAGGAGAGCGACAGAACCUGGUGACGGACAGAGGAAGAGGAGAGAGACAGAACCUGUUGACGGACAGAGGAAGAGGAGAGCGACAGAACCUGGUGACGGACAGAGGAAGAGGAGAGCGACAGAACCUGGUGACGGACAGAGGAAGAGGAGAGAGACAGAACCUGUUGACGGACAGAGGAAGAGGAGAGCGACAGAACCUGGUGACGGACAGAGGAAGAGGAGAGCGACAGAACCUGGUGAUGGACAGAGGAAGAGGAGAGCGACAGAACCUGUUGACGGACUGAUGAAGAGAGUGACUCAGACAGACUCUCCCAUCAGAGGUGGUGCUGGCUCUCCUCCCCUCUCGGCCGUGACUCUCUCUCCUCCUCCUCCUCCUCUUCCUCCUCCCAGACUUCUCCAGAUCGCUCCCUCUCUGCUUUACAUUCCUGGGUUUGGGACUGCUACUUUCGUCUCUUCAUGUAGCAAUGGCUCAGAGCUGCAGCUGGUUCAAGCUCGUGUUUUCAGCUUCUCAAGACCGCCCACCUACAUACUGAGUGUAGUACCUUCUCCCUCGCUGUCUCCUCGACCCGUUGACGUCCUUCCUCUCUCUCCAGUUGACGGUGCGGUAGCUCCAGAUAGCAUGUGUUCGUAUCCUCCUGGAUCUUUGUCUGACUGUGCCAGCCAAGCCCUGUCUCCCCCCUCUGCCUCCCCCCUCUCCCCCAGGACAGAGGAGUACAUACACCAAGCCAAGGCUCACCUGAGGGGAAUGUGCCAGGACAUGGAGGCGGGCCUUAGCCUGGCGUCCCACUAUGUUGAUGUGCGAUUGGUCCAGAGGCAGAUCCAGAUUGGCUCAGGGAAGAACGGCAGCAAGUGUCUGGAGAAGGAUCUGGUCGCUAUCGGAGACGGGGAGAGGAGGCGGGACUCGUUGGCCAGGAGUCAGGUGUUCGAGAGCUCCGCCGGGGCGAAACCCAAACGUUCCGUCGUGUUGCUAGGCAACGCCGGCAUGGGCAAAAGCACGCUCAUCAAGAAGCUCUGCGUUGAUUGGUCCGACGGCCUACUGCCUCAGUUUGACUUUGUGUUCUUAUUGGACGGUAAGGCUCUGACCCUCCCCCCCGAGCCGACCUAUAGCCUUCAGUCCCUCCUCCUACACUACUCCUCCUCCUCCUCCCCCAUUCCCUCUACCUGUCCCCACCACCGGGAUGUCUUCAAUCAGGUCCUCUCUGUCCCGGAGCGUGUGCUUGUGAUAUUCGACGGCUUCGAGGUGGUGCGUGACUUGGAGGGGCUGCUGCAGUGUCCAGCGGAUGACAGUAAAGGGGAGACCUACAGCCUUAGACAGCUGUUCUCAGGCCUGCUCCAGAGGAAGCUCCUACCAGGCUGCUCUCUGCUCCUCUCUGCCCGACCACGAGGCACCGUCAGUGGGCUGCUGAGACGGGCUGACAGCCUCCUGGAACUCUCUGGCUUCUCCCCACCGGACGUAGAGAGAUACCUGGGACAAUACUUCUCUGGACAGUCCCAAGAGGUCCCAACCUCAGGCCUAACCUCAGAUCCAAUCCCAGUCCCAGUCCCAACCUCAGACCCAGCCUCAGAUCCAAUCCCAGUCCCAGUCCCAACCUCAGACCCAGCCUCAGAUCCAAUCCCAGUCCCAGCCCCAGCCCCAGUCCCAGUCCUAACCCCAGUCCUAGCCCCAGUCCUAGCCCCAGUCCUAGCCCCAGUCCCACCAGUCCCAGUCCUAACCCCAGUCCUAGCCCCAGUCCUAACCCCAGCCCCAGUCCUAACCCCAGUCCUAGCCCCAGUCCUAACCCCAGCCCCAGCCCCAGUCCUAGCCAGGCUCCACAGCCAGCCGUACCUUCAGUCUGUGUGUUGGAACCCAGCGCUGUGUCACAUGGUCUGUCUGCUUCUAGAACACUGGGAGGGUUUAGAGCCACUUCCUUCCACGCUGACGGGACUGUGUCACAAAGUACUGGCGCUAAAGAGGAGACUACACACUCUGAAACACACACACUGUCCAACCGUACCCCAAACUCACACACACACGCACAUCUUUAAACACAGUCAGAAACACGUCCCUAAACCCACACGCAACAGGACGCUCUCGCACAUCCGCACUCGCUCUCGCACUCAAUCCCAAAUUCAAUCAGAAGAAGAGAAGAGGAGGAUAGAGACGACGGAGGAGGGAGAGACGGAGGAGGGAGAGAGGGAGGAGGGAGAGAGGGAGGAGGGAGAGACGGAGGAGGGAGAGAAAGAGAGAGAGAGAGAGGAGAGGGAGGAGGGAGAGAAAGAGAGAGAGGAGGGAGAGAAAGAGAGAGAGGAGAAGAGGGAGGAGGGAGAGAAAGAGAAGGAAGAGAGAGAGAAAGAGAGAGAAGAAGAGAACAGGUGUGUUCUGUCAGAGUUGAGCGGUCUGGCUUGGCAGGGGGUUAAAGGUCAUUCGUCUCUCCUGACCCUGACCCUGGAGAAUACCGUCGAUGUCAGGCUGAGAUUGUUUGGCCUGAGGACUGGACUGGUCCAUUCUCACUGGCUGAGGGAGGUGCAGGGCAGACAUUGUGACGAUGACGGUGACGACGUGAAUUCUGACAACAUCCUGUCCUGGGCCCACCCUUUCCUGCAAAGCUUCCUGGGCGGGGCCCACCUGUCCGUCUCCAGCUGUGUGUCUGACCGCGCUCUGCUGACCCAGAUACUCCCACAGCCCAGGGGGAGGCGACGGCCUCAGGGAGAGUGUCUGGACCUUGCUCAGCGAUUCGCUGUCGGGCUGCUUUUCCGGAACAAGGCGGAACUCCGGGAUCUGGCCACCCUGGAUACCGGCGCCAUGAAAGUGGUGAUGGCCAAGCGAGCCGCUGUGAUUUCACACCUGGAGAACCUUCACCACGGCGACCUGAGCCCCGCUCGACUCCUGGAGGCGUGUCACUGUGUUUACGAGACAGGCGACGUCCACUUGGUCAGACACCUGGUACGGAACCUUCCUGAGGUUCUGUCGUUCCAAGGGGUUCCGCUGUGCCCCGCUGACACCUUCGUAGUGUGGAACCUUUUGGACCAGUGUAGAACCCUGAGGAGGAGGUUCUGUCUGGGGCUGGAGGACACAGGACUGAGGAUGACAGGAUUAAAACUACUGACAGGUCUCAACAACAUACACUCAUACAGGGCGUGUAUCGCUGACACCAUCACUCUGUGGGAGGAGCUAGAGCAGAGUGGGGAGGAGGAGCUUCUGAAAGCGGCUGUGUCUAAGUUGACCCUUAACCCUUUCAGAGCCACGCAGGUGUCCCAUGUAAAACACCUGUCUACACUGGUCAACAUACACACAAGCAGGAGACUGUCUGAGAGCCUAUCAGACGGGGUCCUGGGGGAGGGUAUACCUGCAGUCAGAGAUCUUCACAAGCUGGAGUUUGAGUUGGGGCCAGUGAAUGGCCCUCUGGCUCUCCCUAAACUCCUGGAGCUGCUGCCAGCCUUGCACAGUCUACAUCACCUGGAUCUGGAGAACAGUAAGCUGGGGGACAGUGGUGCUCAGGGUCUGGCUGAAGCUGUGGUGUCUCUCUCCUCUCUGCAGAUUAUCAAUCUGUCCCAGAACUGUAUAGGAGACCAGGGAAUAGGGAGUCUGGCUCCUGCCCUGUCUACCCUCUCCUCACUGCACUGUCUCAGUCUGUACAGUAAUGUGAUAUCUGACGGGGGUGCUGAGAGUCUGGCUGCUGUCUUACCUCAGAUGACAUCACUCAGUGACCUGGAUGUCAAGUACAACAGUUUCACAGCCCUGGGAGCUCAGAGUUUGUCUUCCAGUCUGAGGGACUGUCCAUGGAUCAAGAGUCUGGGGAUGUGGAAUGUGUGUAUUCCCUACGGUGUGUUAGAGAGACUGCAACAACAGGACCCACGGAUACAGCUGCUCUAGAACAUUGUUCUAACAGAACCCCAGAGGAUACAGUCACGCCUAGAACAUUAUUCUAACAGAACCCCAGAGGAUACAGUCACGCCUAGAACAUUGUUCUAACAGAACCCCAGAGGAUACAGUCACACCUAGAACAUUGUUCUAACAGAACCCCAGAGGAUACAGUCACGCCUAGAACCUUUUUCUAAUGUUAUUCUAACAGAACCCCAGAGGAUACAGUCACGCCUAGAACAUUAUUAUAAUGUUGUUCUAACAGAACCCCAGAGGAUACAGUCACGCCUAGAACAUUUUUCUAACAGGAUUCUGAUAUACAACUGCUCUAGAACUGUCUACCAGCAAGGAUAGGUAGAACAGACCCACUCCUAGAACAUGGUCCAUGAGGUUCAACCAUGCAGGACUAGAGUGAAGCCAUAUAAAAACUGUCCCUUGAAGCUGUUCUCAGGGUUACUAAUGGUUAUAUAUACUGUUCUGCAUAGAGAUCCUAUUAAAUGACUAGAAGGGGAAACUAUGUCAUAAACCCUCAAGGUUCCAGAAUGGGGUGAAAAUGGCAGCCAUCUUGGUCAGGGAGAAAUCCAAAAACCAGUCUAAUUGGAAUGAAUGACAGUAGAGGCAUCGUCCUGAUUUUACUAUGCAGGAAAAUGUCAUGUGAUAUCAGACAUUUUGUAAUAGAAUUAUAGUCAACCUAAAAUAUUGUCACAUAAUUAUAAAUACUGUUUAUACACAUUUUCUGUAUAAAUAACCUCUAAAAUAUAUCUAAACUGACCAUAAAAAUGUCAACAUUUUAGUUUUCCUGUUAAAGCUGCGAGUGCUAUUAUAUGAUACAACGUCAGUAAUUGUUGCCUUCACAACUUGUCUAAGUCCCAUCAUCAACUGAUAUCAGACAGGAUGUGGUUGAGGAAUGACUGCCUUGUUGACAUAUUGGCAAAUAAUUUGACUAAUUCAUGGAAUCAUUCCUCUAAAACUGUCUGGCUAGCUAGCUAACACACAUACAGCGCAGAUAAAUUCUUCACAUUCAUUAUUUUACAUAAUAUCUUAUCACAGCACUGGCAAACGAUGGGUGACCAACUCCCUGACCAAAAUGGCUGACCUUAAUCCCAUCAUAAGAAGGUUCAUGGCCAUUCUAGUAUUCUAAUUCUAUGCUGUUCUGUUCUGUGUUGCUGGACAUCACUGUUCUGUGUUCCUGGACACCACUGUUCUGUGUUCCUGGAUACCACUGUUCUGUGUUGCUGCACACCUCUGUUCUGUGUUCCUGGACACCUCUGUUCUGUGUUCCUGGACACCUCUGUUCUGUGUUCCUGGACACCUCCUCUGUUCUGUGUUCCUGGACACCUCCUCUGUUCUGUGUUCCAGGACACCACUGUUCUGUGUUGCUGCACACCUCUGUUCUGUUCUGUGUUCCUGGACACCUCUGUUCUGUGUUCCUGGACACCUCUGUUCUGUGUUCCUGGACACCUCUUCUGUUCUGUGUUCCAGGACACCACUGUUCUGUGUUGCUGGACACCUCUGUUCUGUUCUGUGUUCCUGGACACCACUGUUCUGUGUUCCUGGACACCACUGUUCUGUGUUUCUGGACACUUCUGUUCUGUGUUCCUGAACACCUCUGUUCUGUGUUCCUGGACACCACUGUUCUGUGUUCCUGGACACCACUGUUCUGUGUUCCUGGACACCUCUGUUCUGUGUUCCUGGACACCACUGUUCUGUGUUCCUGGACACCUCCUCUGUUCUGUGUCCCAGGACACCACUGUUCUGUGUUGCUGCACACCUCUGGUUCUGUUCUGUGUUCCUGGACACCUCUGUUCUGUGUUCCUGGACACCUCUGUUCUGUGUUCCUGGACACCUCCUCUGUUCUGUGUUCCUGGACACCUCCUCUGUUCUGUGUUCCAGGACACCACUGUUCUGUGUUGCUGCACACCUCUGUUCUGUUCUGUGUUCCUGGACACCUCUGUUCUGUGUUCCUGGACACCUCUGUUCUGUGUUCCUGGACACCUCUUCUGUUCUGUGUUCCAGGACACCACUGUUCUGUGUUGCUGGACACCUCUGUUCUGUUCUGUGUUCCUGGACACCACUGUUCUGUGUUCCUGGACACCACUGUUCUGUGUUUCUGGACACUUCUGUUCUGUGUUCCUGAACACCUCUGUUCUGUGUUCCUGGACACCACUGUUCUGUGUUCCUGGACACCACUGUUCUGUGUUCCUGGACACCUCUGUUCUGUGUUCCUGGACACCACUGUUCUGUGUUCCUGGACACCUCCUCUGUUCUGUGUCCCAGGACACCACUGUUCUGUGUUGCUGCACACCUCUGUUCUGUUCUGUGUUCCUGGACACCUCUGUUCUGUGUUCCUGGACACCUCUGUUCUGUGUUCCUGGACACCUCUUCUGUUCUGUGUUCCUGGACACCACUGUUCUGUGUUCCUGGACACCUCUGUUCUGUGUUCCAGGACACCACUGUUCUGUGUUGCUGGACACCUCUGUUCUGUUCUGUGUUCCUGGACACCACUGUUCUGUGUUCCUGGACACCACUGUUCUGUGUUUCUGGACACUUCUGUUCUGUGUUCCUGAACACCUCUGUUCUGUGUUCCUGGACACCACUGUUCUGUGUUCCUGGACACCACUGUUCUGUGUUCCUGGACACCUCUGUUCUGUGUUCCUGGACACCACUGUUCUGUGUUCCUGGACACCACUGUUCUGUGUUCCUGGACACCUCUGUUCUGUGUUCCUGGACACCACUGUUCUGUGUUCCUGGACACCAAUGUUCUGUGUUCCUGGACACCAAUGUUCUACAGGGUUCUGGUAUCUUAGUCUGCACUUUAAUUUGCACUGACAUUCGAAUGUAUUUGUAAUGUUGUAUGUUUUAUACUGUUCUAACCUCAUUCUGAGUCUGUGGAUCAUUUCUGUACAGAUCAUUAUAUUAAUGUUGCACUGAAAAAUAAACCCUUUGAGACAGA